UCACACGCGCACGUGCAGGUUUAUGGUGGUACUCAGAGUCGGAGGCUGUGACUAGGCUGAGCAACAAGAUACACCGUAGCUCUGCUGUCAGGGUCCAAAUGAGUUCUGCUACUAACUAUGCUAGAAGAUUUGCUAGACUGAGAGCUCGCAUAUUUGGUGAAGUUGUCAGAACAACUAAUGCUAAGCAAUAUAAAGUUGUGUCACAUUUUGCUGAGAAACCAAUUUUGAAGGACCUACCAAAAUGGUAUCCACCAAUUGACAAGUUCAAUACUCUUUUGCAUAGACUGCGUAACUUAGGUCUUUUUAGAGAUGAACAUUUAAAUUUAGCUGAGAAAUUGCGUGAGCAUCGGAUUGCUAGGGGGAAAGUGACACCUAAAAAAGGUCAAGGCAAGAGAAAAAAGAAGAAUAAAUAAUUAUUAUUGUUUGCAUAAUUAGUGUUAUGUAAUAUAGAUGGUUUAUACAGGAAAUUACAUCAAUAUUAGUUUAA